AUUCUUGUUUACACAGCUGUCUAAAUUAGAUAAUACACUCACACAUGGGUAUAUAACCGCAGCCAUACAGCUUGGGUUUGUCAUACUGAGUAAACGCGUUAAGAGGAAUUAAACUAGUAGAAAUCAAAAGCGUUAUUGCGAAAAUGUUAUUUCCGGCGUUUUUGUUAAUAUCUGCGAGCGUUCUUCUCAGCAAUACGAACCCCGUGAACGGUGAACUAUAUAUCUUCAACUUCACUGGAUCGGACGGCGUUGACGGAUGGGAAGAACAAUCGGAUACCGUGCGCUCUGUGGGAAUGUCCAAAGCAGUUCUAGUCAAUCACGAAAACACUGAAUACAAACGAGUGGUAUUCUUUGCCCUGCUGAAUCCUCAGACCGACGGGUCAGGGUUCGCUGGAGUCAGGGCUUUAAAGACCUAUGAUGAUUUGACUGAAUACACGAAGUUGCAGUUGCAGUGCCGAGCCCAGGGAAAUUUUACCAGCUUCAAAGUUGUCUUACGGCAUAAGGGUUUGAACAACGAGCCAAAUAACUCCUUUGAGCAAUUUUUCGAUGGUCCAAAGGAUGAAUUUGCUGUCGUUGAUCUGCCGUUUUCAGGAUUUGAAGCAUACUAUCGUGGCCAACUAGUCGGUAACGAGACCCUCGAUAUAUCCCAAAUAACUAGUAUUGGUAUUCAAAUGUAUGGAGGAGUGUACCUGCCUGUUAAACAGUACGGUCCUGCAACUUUAGAAAUUGAUUGGAUAAAGGCAGCUUAGAAAUUAGUAAGGCAGCCUUUUUGCUGGCAUACUUAUACUUGCUUUAUUGUUUGUAGUGUGUUUGCAAAUAAAAUAUUUUUCUUUCUUUAA